AUGGGCCUUCCUUUGCUGAUGAACGCCCAAGUGCCUAACCUCAUGAAGGAUAAAAGAACUCCCAACAAAGAGAAAGAUGGGGAAGGAGGGGUACACUGUAUAAAGCGAGAAGUUUCAUUUUCAAAGAUGAGUGGUAGAGUGGUCCCUGUGGUUUUCCUUGGUUUAGUGCCGGCCGGCCUUGAGUAUCUCCACAUGCACCAAACUCCUCGUAUAAUCCACGGAGAUCUCAAGCCUGGAAAUAUUGCACCGGAAUAUCACCAGACUGUGAAAUUCCCUCACAAGUCCGACAUAUGCAGCUUUGGGGUAGUGCUUGGCAACUUGGUGAUGCGAAUGAUUCCGUCUGAUGCUUCUGGCUCUGAAGAUUGCCUGCUUUUGCACUCAGGAUGA